AUGGCCACCUCCGUCAAUGAUCUCCCAAACGAGAUUCUAAGCCAGAUAUUCUCCCACUUGGACCGACCUGCCCCGUCAGACUCGAAGCUCCACGACCAACCGAGCUCUUUCAUGCUGCAGAAUCUCUUCUUUGACCGCGAUCUCAAGACUACUUCUCUCGUUUGCAAGCGAUGGCGAGGUGCCGUGCUCCCUCUGCUGUUCCGCCAUGUGGUCUGGACUUUUGACCGAUUCGAGCUGCCGCUCAUGGAAGAGACGGGGAACCCUGCGGCGAACAAGUUGACCAACUAUGUUAAUACGCUUUCGAUGUUUGUCGAGGAUGCUAUGGGCGGCGUAUCGGACGGCACCAGCAGUGCCACUCUUAUGGAAACAGGCUUUGCGAACAAGGCCUCCUACAGCGAGGACUACAACUGGCUCUGGGCGACAAUCUUUGAAUAUAUCGAUCCUAUCCGGCUCACCAUGGUUGCAUCGCCACGAGUGCUAGCCCGAAUGUUAUCGCGCAUGCUCUUCCUCGGGGAUGCGUGGAACUUUUCCAUGCCACAGCACGUUCUGUCGCUCUCGCGGAAAGACAAAAGGACAAAGGAGACGCAAGCCGAGGCACCAGUGACAGCACCAUCAAGUCAGGCAUCUGGUUCGGACCCAGCACAUCAGAAGCGUGUUCCCUGUGACUUAUUCACCCUCCGCCCGUGGCAGGCUCUAUUACUCAAUGAAGGAUCCUCGACGCGAGUCUACAAGACAUACGAAUUCUACCUCAAACGUCCGCCUUCCAUCCUCGGCGCUCUUCUGGGCGCAGAAGAGUUCCCAAACGACGAGCCCAUGAUCUCGCCCUCGAUCCGCGACCUCUCCUACGUCGGCAUCUUCUCCCUAUCGAGCCAUUUCAACACCCUCGUUCAAAACAUCCCGCGCCUCGACCGCCUCUUCGUCCAGCUCGUCCCCCGAAACGACAUUCUCUCCGACCCCGACGAGAUGCGCAACGUCGACCUCGCCGACCUCUGGAUGGAGCGUAACACGGCCUACUCGAUGCUAUUCCGCGAGCUCUUCAACCCAAGCCCGGACAGCCCCUGGCUCGAGCUAAGCGUGUUCGAGAGUGGCGACGCGGCGGAUAAGGAGGCGUGGGAUAUGGCGGUGCAGUUUGUGCAGUUUAGCGGCGUGCAGGGGUGGCGGGUCGCGGGCGAGGGCGUCUUUGCGAGGGAAGGUGACGAGGACGCCGUCGGUGCGAUCCUCGGCAUGUCUCAGUCAGUGGCGCCAGCGUGA